AUGGUUAUACUCGGGUCAAAACGACCUGAAGCUCGCUGCAGUUGCGUAAGAAGCAGCGGUCGAAGCAGUAAGCUAGCGGUUGUGAUCGAAGUAGGACAUCCGAUAUCUCCAUUCAUCUCUGCAGUCCCAGUGAGUAAGCUUCAAGUCGUGCGGACCCUACUCGAUCACCAACACGUUGGUGUCUGCAACGUUGACGAUCUUUUGUUGUUAUCGUCCACAGGUGUAAACGAGGUUGUGAUAGCGACAUCCAGCGUGGAGAGCAAUAUUCCCGGAGAGUACCACUCAUUCGCAAAACCACCACGCUGA